GUCUCUUUAUUAUUAUUCUCCCUCUCUAACUUUACCUUUUCUUCUUUCUCCCCCUUGAAGAACCCUAGAUCAAUUUAUUAAUGGCUAUUUUACCAGAAAACUCUUCAAACUUGGAUCUUACUAUCUCCGUUCCAGGCUUUUCUUCCUCUCCUCCUUCCGAUGAAGGAAGUGGCGGAGGAAGGGAACAGCUAAAGCUAGACAUGAAUCGAUUGCCGUCGUCUGAAGACGACGACGAACUCAGCCACGGUGGCUCUGCUCCUCCGCGAAAGAAACUCCGUCUAACAAGAGAACAGUCUCGUCUUCUUGAAGAUAGUUUCAGACAGAAUCAUACCCUUAAUCCCAAACAAAAGGAAGCACUUGCAAAGCAUUUGAUGCUACGGCCAAGACAAAUUGAAGUUUGGUUCCAAAACCGUAGAGCAAGGAGCAAAUUAAAGCAAACUGAGAUGGAAUGCGAGUAUUUUAAAAGGUGGUUUGGUUCUUUAACCGAGCAAAACCACAGGCUCCACAGAGAAGUAGAAGAGCUUAGAGCCAUGAAGGUGGCCCCAUCCACGGUGACCUCCACCUCGAGCCUCACUAUGUGUCCUCGCUGCGAGCGAGUAACCACUGCAGCGAGUCCCUCCAUGGCGGCUCCGGCCAAGAAAGCGCUUCCGCUGAAAGAGCGUGAACAUUGAUUUACAUAUUUAUUGCUUAUGGUUUAGAAGCUAAUUAACGAGGGUCUGCCAAGGACACAAAUUAUCACAUGAUUGCGUGUAAAUAUUUCUUAUUGAUUCUAUUCUAUGCGCGCACAACAAAUCCUUGUAAAUAUUUUUAUUUUAAUCAAAAAUCUAAUAUUAAUUUUGGA